AUGUCACUGAUUCCGGGAGUAAUAGCCUACUACCUCUCUGGACUCCACAGAGGCCUUGAACGCUUCAUGUAUUUCUCUUUUGUGUUAUUUGCAUGUGUGAUGUGGGUUGAAAGCCUCAUGAUGGUUGUUUCAAGUGUUUUCUCCAACCCCAACAUGGGAAUCACAAUCUGUGGUGGAAUUGUGGGAGUGAUGAUCCUAACUGCUGGGUUCUAUAGGCUGCCAAAUGAUCUUCCAAAACCAUUUUGGAAAUAUCCCAUGUACUUUGUUUCUUUUCAUAAGUAUGCAUUCCAAGGACUGUUCAAGAAUGAGUUUCUUGGAUUAACGUUGGCUAGAGAUCAAGGUGGAGACAGAGGCACCUAUCUUGGUGAUAAAGAGAUACUGAGAAAUAUAUGGCAAGUGGAAAUGGGACACAAUAAGUGGGUUGAUCUUGCUAUCAUGUUUGGGAUAAUUGUUUUCUAUAGGGUCAUGUUCUUGGCAAUCACCAAGAUUAAAGAGAAGAUAAAGGCUUGA